AUGUUCACCGGCCUGGUAGAGGAGAUAGGCGUGGUCGCCGAGCUCAACCCUCGCGACGAAACUGGCGGCACCUCCCUAACCGUCACCCUCCCCACUUCGUCGACCCUCCUCUCCGACGCCAAGCUAGGCGACAGCAUUGCCAUCAACGGCGUGUGCCUAACCGCGACCUCCAUCACCCCCUCCCCACCAUCCUUCACCGUCGGCAUCGCGCCCGAAACCCAGCGCCUAACGAACCUCGGCGUGUUGACGCAAGGCUCCAAGGUGAACCUCGAACGCGCGGUGCGGGCCGACACACGCAUGGGCGGACACUUCGUGCAGGGACACGUUGACACCGUCGCCGAGAUCAGCAAGAUUGAGCAGGACGGCAAUGCGGUGACACUGCGGUUCACGCCGCGGUCGCAGGACGUCAUGCGCUAUGUCGUAUUCAAGGGCUUCAUUGCGCUGGACGGGACGAGCUUGACGAUUACGAAAGUAAACGAUGAGGUGGGGUGGUGGGAGGUCAUGCUGAUUGCGUAUACGCAGGAGAAGGUCGUGUUGGCGCAGAAGAAGAUUGGGGAUACGGUUAACGUCGAAGUGGACGUGCUGGCCAAAUACGCUGAGAAGAGCAUGGCAGGCUACAUGGGCGCGCAAGGCGAUGAUGGGCUGAAGCCAAUCGUGGAGAAGAUGGUGCAGAAUCUCAUUGCGCAGGCGAUGGGCGCACAUGCUUAG